AUGGCGGAUCCUCAAUCUGAGGAUCCCUUCCUUGAAGUUCAAACGGACGUGCAAUCGACACUUCAAUCUACGCGCCAUCUCUUCUCCUCGUACCUCCGCAUUCGCACCCUCUCGACAUCCGCUACAUCGCCCGAACUGCGGCAGUCCCAUGCCGACUUGCAGGCCAACCUUGAAACCUUGACUACCGACUUGGCAGACCUACUUGAGUCUGUAUCUGCCGCCGAAUCUGAUCCCUACCGAUUCGGUCUUGACGUUGCAGAAGUUCAGCGACGAAGACAAUUCGUCAAGGAUGUCGGUGACGAGGUCGAGGGCAUGCGCCGCGAGCUCGAGGGCGUCACUGCAGAUUCCCAUAUUGCUGGACCUACCCCCGCCAGAUCGGGCAGGCUCCCGGCGCCGGCCACCUUCGAGGAUGGCGACGACUCCGACACCGAGGGUGACCCGUAUGGUGCGUUCGAGGCGCAGCAGCAGGCAACCAUCAUGGCUGAGCAGGAUGAACAGCUUGACGGCGUGUUUCAGUCGGUCGGCGUCCUCCGUGGACAGGCGGAGGAUAUGGGGCGCGAACUAGAAGAGCAGGGUCAUUUGCUGGACGAAGUUGACACGUUGGCUGACCGCGUGGGCGGCAAGCUAAGUGUUGGAGUAAGAAAAGUGGGAGAGGUGAUCAGAAAGAACGAGGACAACGUCAGCAGUUGCUGCAUUGGAGUGUUGAUUGUCAUUUUGAUCAUCUUGUUGAUUUUGGUUAUUAUCUUGUGA